UGGUUGAAACCAACAGUUUUUAAACAAUUUCCGGUUUUUAUUGAACUCUAGUGAAGUUGUCAGCUUCCUGUUAUAUUUAGAUCAAACCUACCACUGAAUUAAAUGUUGUAAACUAGUCUCUCAUAAACAAAUAUAUUAAAGUCCUUACAUUAGGAUACGAUAAAUUAUAAUACUACAUAUAAGCCUACACCAUGCAUACACCCAACACACUGGAAGAUACUGUACAUUGGGAAAAUAAGGCAAAAAACGUAUUUCCCCUGUAAAUUGCUUGAAACCAGUGGGCGUGGCACAGCACAGGUGAGGGGCAGGCGAAGCCAAUCUCAAACACAGGAAGCUGGGAAAGUUGUGAAAGGUUGGCUGUUAAUUUUCUCAGCUCAGACGAAAACAAGACCAGAUUGUGUACACAAUCCAAAUUCCAAGGCAGUGGGAAAUGCCAGAGAGGGGAAGACACCAGCAGAGGAGUGAUGUGUAUGAUGAGUACUACAGCAGGGAUGGGACCUAUUCACACAGUGGAACCCAUGCUUCACAUGAUAGCAGAGGUCGCAACCAAAAGCCAAUAAGAGACAUGGACGAGAGAGGCUCUGCGGAUGACAGGAGGGCCAAACAAAAUAGACAGAGGGACGUGACAUCUGCCUCUCACAUGGAGCCACCUACUUACAGAGACCACGGCCAUGAAGGACCCUCGAGAUUGUCCAGAGAGACUUUGGUGUAUCACUCUGAGGGGGAGUAUUAUGAGCCACAACGCAGUCAAGCUCUUUACAAUCUCAGAUACUUAUUAACAAGUAGAGGUCUCUGCCAGUUUAUGGAGUUGUUUGUGAAUCUGCUGAUUAUCAUCUGUGCCGGAGUGCCAUACAGUAACAAUGAGGGUUACCGUGACCUGGCCAGCCUUGGGGGGAUCUACUAUUAUCAAUUCGGUGGAGCCAAUACCUUCACUGCAGCCGAUGCAGACAGGGUGAAGGAGCUGGACCGGCUGUUCAAUCAGCUCAAGCGGCCUCCGUACGCCUACACCAUGGCAUGCGGGGGGGUUUUAAUGAUCUACGCCUGUGCCAUGCUUGCCCUGGGGGUUUUCAGAGUGCCUUUCCGCUGGCCCCCUGUGCUUCUGGGGGAGGCCCUGCUGAACCUCCUGAUCGGCCUGGGCUACAUCCCUGCGCUGGCCUUCUACUUUAUUAAGCUGCAGGAAACGUACAGCAACCCCAUCUGCGCGGAGAGAGAGGCGAUGUACAAGAGCAAAGGGCACAAGGGCUUCGAUUGCCAGCUCAACGGUGCAGAUAUCGCAGGAGGUCUCUUCGGGGUGCUGGGGGUGUUUGCAUUCAUCUUUGGCGCGGUGUUAGCUGUCAGAGCUUUCAGGUCAGUGCGGGAGCUAAAGACGCAAAGGACAAACGAGGACAAUAACUUGUAAACUGGGUUUCCUCAUUGACAUAGCCUAUUUGAACAAAUGUGGGAUUUAGUGGAAAUCUGAGUGACAAGCAAACAUGGGAAGAGUUUUUUUUCCUCAUAUUAGGUGUAAUUGUGUAUGCACUCAUGUAGAAUGUGAUCUGUGAAUCAUCUUUUUAUCCGCUUUAAGAAGUUUAAGCUGUUUUUGUAGAAUUUGUUUUUAUUCGUACCACUGUUCUAUGCCACUGUAUUCUGUUACAUUUAUUUUCUAAAUGUGUAGAUAGCCUAUAAUAAAUGACUCAUGGUAUAUAAA